AUGUCGGACAAAGCUGCUCGAACUCACUCUCAUAUUUCUAACCGUGCCAAGGCUAGCGGAAAGGUAGAUAGGAAAGUCGCUUUCAAAAGUGUACUAGACAAUCCAUACCGCAUUGAAUGGCCUUCCGUGCCUAUUAAUUUGCAAAAUGCUGUUUUAGCGCAUAUUGUAUCUCUUCUCGAGGGGGUCGCGGAAUACCAGCGUAACCGCUGUCUCGUCGGUCGGAAACGCAAAAGAACUGUGUUGCAAAAUGAUAAUUCCAGGAGACAGACUAAAGGACCAGUUGAAGGUGCAGGGGGCGUUUUCACAGGGUCCGAAGAAAGUACGACCCUCGACGAUACUCUGGCUAGUGUGGGACCUCAUACAGGGGAGUCAGACUCGGCAGAGCUCUCAGAAAAUACUUUUGGACCUUCCCCGCCUCUUGUCUUGGGACAUAUUGUCUACGGGAUCAACGCGGUCACUAAGAGGCUUGAGAUACAGUCACGGAACGCUCGCAGAUCGUUAGUCUUCUCAUCCGACGAGUCGAUUAUGAUGAAAGAACCGAUACUGCCCCUGAAGUACCUAUUCGUCUGUCGUGCCGAUGUCGAUCCACCCUUGCUCGUAGAUCAUCUGCCUCACCUGGUUGCAGCUUGCAAUUCUGGAGGAGCCCGAAACACGUUAAAGAUUGUGCCACUUCCAAAGGGGGCAGAAUUGGCUUUAGCACAAAAACUGGGAAUUCGACGAGUAACGACUUUGGGUGUUAAUAAUUCUUUUCCGGAUUUAUCAUUGACGGCUUUGCUGGAACCUGUCACUGCUUUGACGGUUCCUUGGCUAGCUCACUCCGAACCUACUCAAUCUCUUCUCCCCGCUCAUAUUAAACAAGUCCGAACCUCAGCACCAAAGGACAUGAAAGCCAUAAAAGAUGCCAGAGCACGCGAGAAAGCAGCCGCCAAGCAACGCAGACUGUCAAAACGACAGGAAGCGCAUCAGAAAUAG